UCCCCCCCCACGUUUCCCGCCCAGCCCCCCCAUCUCCCCCCCCCCGUGCAACGUGGGGCGGGGCCGGUGCGUGAAGAUGGCAGCGCUGAGCAGCGAGCCGCUGGGGCUGGAGCGGGACGUGGCGCGCGCCGUGGAGCUGCUGGAGCGGUUGCAGCGAAGUGGGGAGCUGCCCCCCCACAAGCUGCAGGCUUUGCAGCGGGUUCUCCAGAGCAAGUUCUGCUCAGCCAUCCGCGAGGUCUAUGAGCAGCUCUAUGACACGCUGGAGAUCGCGGGCAGCGCCGAGAUCCGGGCCCACGCCACGGCCAAGGCCACGGUGGCGGCGUUCGCGGCAAGCGAGGGUCACGCUCACCCCCGGGUGGUGGAGCUGCCCAAGACGGAGGAGGGGCUCGGCUUUAACAUCAUGGGGGGCAAGGAGCAGAACUCCCCCAUCUACAUCUCCCGCGUCAUCCCUGGCGGCGUCGCUGACCGGCACGGGGGGCUCAAGCGGGGGGACCAGCUGCUGUCCGUCAACGGCGUGAGCGUGGAGGGGGAGCAGCACGAGAAGGCCGUGGAGCUGCUGAAGGCGGCGCAGGGGACGGUGAAGCUGGUCGUUCGCUACACGCCCAAGGUGCUGGAGGAGAUGGAGGCCCGGUUCGAGAAGAUGCGCACGGCCCGCCGGCGCCAGCAGCACCCCAGCUACUCGUCUCUGGAGUCGCGGGGAUAGCGCCCGUCUCGUCCCAUGCUGGGGAGGCCAGGGGUCCCCAGGCCUGGCCCCCCAAAGAUUCCCUCCCCCCAGUUUUCGUGUGUAGCUGGGUCUAUUUAUCCGGCCCGCGCCGGCCCCACCGUGAACCGUAUUUAUUCCCUUAUUUAAAGCUGACCCCUGUGCGUAAGCCGGGGUGAAUCCGCCCGCCGGCCAGACUCUGGGGAACGACCCCCAAGCUCUGACAGUUGGCGGGGGGCGGUGAGGGGGAUCCUGGCUUAGGGGCGGGGGAGGGGGAUGCUGGAGAAAUUCACUUCCCCCCCCCAACCACCCACCUUGCAGGAUUCUCCUUCACUUCCCAUCCCAAAUUCUUGUGCCUCUUUGCCCCCGCGCCCCACCCCAGAGGGGCCUCCUUCCAGCCUGUUUAGGAUGCAGUUGAGUGAAUGGCCACCAGGUGGCGACUUUGCUGUUUGACUGCGGUGGGGGUGGGGGGGGACACUGACACUGGGGUUCAUGGCGUAUUGGUGCCCUUCACUCCCGACCUGCAGCCCCCAGAUAGCCCGGCCCUCGCCCCCCCCAAGCUCUGCCUGUGUCCCUCCCGAGCCAGUCUCUAAGAACCCCCCCAUAUCUCCCCUGCCCUAUCCUUUCCAAGGCAGGGGGAAGAGAGACUGGGGGCUGGGCUCCCCUUCCGCCUCCCAGAUGGGCUGGGGGGAGGGGGCGUGGGAAAUGAACUUGGGAAUCAGGGACACCCCCCUUCCCCAGGAGUGAGUCAUCCCCUCAAGUCGGUGUUUCUGGUCUGGCCACUGGCUCUGCCAGGGAAAGACGGGGGUGAAAUUCCCAGAGGGGAGUCAGAGGGUGGGGCUGGGAGCCAGGACUCCUGGGUUCCCUCCCCAGCUCUGGGAGGGGCGUGGAGGCUAGUGGGUAGAGCAGUAGGGGCUGGGAGCCAGGACUCCUGGGCUCUCCUCAGCUGUGGGAGGGGAGGGGGGGUCUUAGUGGGUGUCGCCCACUCCCAGCCCCUGCUGUCCGUCCCUCCUCCCCCCGUGCCCGGCAACGUUCGUGCCCUUUGCUGCGGCUCGUGAUUGUGCUGGGGGAAAGGGGGCUCCUGAGCGUAAAUAAACCGAUGCGAGUGAG